AUGCAAUUUUUAAACCUUACAGCUCAAGCUAAAUUCAAGAAACUUCCAAACUCUUUGGAAACGAUGAUGAGACCAAAAUGCAACGCUUGGCUCAAUUAUUGCAAUGAAAGUCUAAUUUUGGCAAUCUCUGAUUUAUCAAUAAAUUCAUUUCCAAGAAUUGUUCCACUUGAGGAAUGGUAUUUUGUAUUCAAAAAUGCAGAAUGUCACAAUCUUCAUAUUCAAACUGAUCGAGAAUUAUCAAUUGAAUUGUUGACUGAAAUAUUAUGUUGCGAUUUGAUCUACGAUGUGAAAUAUGAAGGGCCACAAAUCAGUGAAGAGAUUUUGUAUAAAAUAUCAGAAUUUGUUGAAGAUAAUUUCGAAAUCAAAGUCAAUUAUUGGGAUAUACAAAAAGCUGGAUCAUCGAAAGCUACAACAAUUGAAAUAUUAGAUUAUACAGAUUCUUUUGAAGAUCUUAUUGAUGUCAUGCAAAAUUGUUCAGAUCUAAAUUUUCUAAUGACUUGGUCAACAUUUGAAAAUACUAUAGAUUCAUUAUUGGUUAGUUUUUCGAAACAUUUGUCCUGUUUUCAAAUUCUCAUAGUAUUACAGAAACUGGAAAACAAAUGUAUUCCUGAUUGGCGAAUAGACAUCGAAGAGAUCUACGAGAAUGCUGAUUUUGAAUUAGUUAUUGGUGAUUUUCAAAAUAUUAUUUAUGAAUUAUUCGGAGAUGCGGUUUAUUGUAAAAUUGAAGGAACAUCGAAGAAAAAUCGAAUAAGAAUUAUUGUAAGAUCUGAUAAUUUUUGAAUUAGGCUUCUUUGGUUGUAAAUAUUUUUGAAUGAAUGUAAUAAAAACUUUAAAAUCCCAAAUUCAAAAAAAAAAAACAAACGUUCACGUGAUUCAGGCCAAUCAAAUUAGAACACGUUGAAUUAUUUUCAACGUGUCGGAGAAAUCGAAAAUGUGUGAUCAUUCUUAGCUUUUUCAAAUCAACAAAGCCGUGUGGAUAAUAAAAUAUGUUAAAAUCAGCAUUCGAGUCAGCGAAGAACAAAUGCGGCGGAGUUAAGAAGAUAAAAUCAAAAUCGAAAACCAAUGAAAAAUCGAAGAGAAAGGAGCAAUCGAAGAAAAAAGAGAAAUCGGGAAGAAAAAAUCUGAAGAAAUCGAAGAGUAAAUCGAAUACUGCAUUGACUUCUCCACAACCAGCUGCUGCACAAACGCCACCAACUCCAGGAACUCCAACAGCAACCACUACAACGAUUACACAAGUUGGGGCUGGAGUUACCACAACUAUGACAACAAUUAGUCCGAAUACGCUGAUUGGAGGAGUUACGACAACAAUGACACAAGUUGGUGGAGCAGCUGAUGGACAAUGGCCAUAUGAUUCGGCUGUUAAAAAAUUGUUGCAGCAAAAUAAGUUUGGUGAGUGAUAAAAAACUCUGAAAUGUGUUUUCUGAAAGAGUAAUCACUGUUCUGGAUUCAUCUCAAUGAGACGAAUCUGAUUAUGUAUUCAGAAUUUACCUAAACUGUCUCUACCAUGCAAAAAAAGCGUUAAAAAACCCAGAAAACAGUUGAAAAAAUAAAUAGAAAAAAAUAGUGUGCAAACACCACGACGCGCAAAUGCACAAAUUGUGUACCGUAUUACAAAAAAAUAUAAUUUUUAGACCCGACUUCACCUGCUGCUGAAUUUGCUGCCGUCCAAACUCCGGUUCCAACUCAAGAAGCUUGCGCAGGAUUCUUCCAAAAUCCCACCAAAAAUCGUAACCAAGAACUUCCAAUCGAUGAAACAAAUCGACUCAAGCUUCAAAUCCCAGCUGGUGGUUACAUCAAUGCGGCAAAAAUCACAAAUCCAGCAGAUUCGACAAGAAAUUUGAUGAUUGGACAAGUGCCAGAAGUUGCAGAUUUGGAAGUGUUCUGGAGAAUGAUUUUUGAUGUAAGUUACUGCAAAUUCUUGUUUAGAAAGUUAAAAAAAAAUUUUGCAGGAAGGCAUUUCGAGCGUGUUUUUUGGAUUUGUUCCGAAUGAAACGUUGAAUUUAUCCAGCUUUUUUCCAAAUACGAAUGGCGCAUUUGCAACUUUUGGAACAAUGUUUUUGAAUGUCAAAAAAGUUGAGAUGAUUGGAAAAGAAGCAAAUGCCAUUCUAAUCGAAGUUUUACCAGAUGGUUGUUCGAAUUCAAAUCUUGUUACAGUCUACACUAUCUCAACUUGGAAUAUUGGCAAAGUUCCAACGAAUAUAAGUGAUUGCUCAGUGAUUUGUGAAAAAAUGAGCAAAGCAUCUGAUGCUAUUUUAUUCUGUAGUUGGAAUGGUGUUGGAAGAGCUGGAACUAUUUUGAUGAUUUAUUGUAUUAUGUCGCAUGUUAUCAAAAAUGUUGAUGUGAAAAUCAAUGAAUUGUUCAUAGCGUUGCGUGGACAAAGAUUUGGAAUUGUUGAGAAUGCGGAACAAUAUUUGGCGAUUUAUCAAGCGAUUGCAUUUUGGAUCAAAACGAAGUCGAAUGAUCCGGAGAAUAUUAGCAAAGUUGCGGAAUUGUGUGCGAAUCUUCAAUGA